AGAUUCUCCAUCUUCCUCCAACUGGGCAAAGGGACCAACCUGCGUCUUCCACCCGCGGUAGCUGCACAUUUCCCGGCUGAAAUACACUCCAUCAGUACAGACUUAAAGGACCACAACCAUGACGGACUCCAAAUAUUUCACAACGAACAAAAAAGGGGAGAUCUUUGAACUGAAGGCAGAGCUGAACAAUGAGAAGAAAGAAAAGAGAAAAGAGGCCGUGAAGAAGGUCAUUGCAGCCAUGACUGUUGGCAAGGAUGUCAGUUCCUUGUUUCCAGAUGUGGUGAACUGCAUGCAGACUGACAACCUGGAGCUGAAGAAGUUGGUUUACCUCUACUUAAUGAACUAUGCCAAGAGCCAACCUGACAUGGCCAUCAUGGCUGUCAACAGCUUUGUCAAGGACUGCGAGGACCCCAACCCUCUCAUCCGAGCUCUUGCCGUCCGCACCAUGGGCUGCAUCCGGGUGGACAAAAUCACAGAGUACCUGUGUGAGCCUCUGAGGAAAUGCCUGAAGGAUGAGGACCCUUACGUGAGGAAGACGGCAGCUGUGUGUGUCGCGAAACUUCAUGACAUCAAUGCCCAGAUGGUUGAGGACCAGGGCUUCCUGGACUCUCUGAGAGAUCUCAUCGCUGACUCAAAUCCCAUGGUUGUGGCCAAUGCAGUUGCUGCCCUGUCGGAGAUCAGUGAGUCUCACCCAAACAGCAACCUGCUGGAUCUCAAUCCCCAGAACAUAAACAAGCUCCUGACGGCCCUCAAUGAGUGCACAGAGUGGGGACAGAUCUUCAUCCUGGACUGUCUGUCCAACUAUAACCCCAAGGAUGAGCGUGAGGCCCAAAGCAUCUGUGAGCGUGUAACUCCCCGUCUGUCUCACGCCAACUCAGCCGUGGUGCUGUCAGCUGUCAAGGUGCUGAUGAAAUUCUUAGAGCUGCUGCCCAAGGACUCCGACUACUACAACACCUUGCUGAAGAAGCUGUCCCCACCACUGGUCACUUUGCUCUCCGGAGAGCCGGAGGUCCAGUAUGUGGCUCUGAGGAACAUCAACCUCAUUGUCCAGAAAAGGCCUGAGAUCCUGAAGCAGGAGAUAAAGGUGUUCUUUGUCAAAUACAACGACCCAAUCUAUGUGAAACUGGAGAAACUGGACAUCAUGAUCCGCUUAGCCUCUCAGGCCAACAUCGCCCAGGUGCUGGCUGAGCUGAAGGAAUACGCCACAGAGGUGGAUGUUGACUUUGUGCGCAAGGCUGUCCGAGCCAUCGGACGCUGUGCCAUAAAAGUAGAGCAAUCAGCGGAGCGCUGUGUCAGCACUCUGCUGGACCUGAUCCAGACGAAAGUCAACUACGUGGUUCAGGAGGCUAUUGUUGUCAUCAGAGACAUCUUUCGCAAGUACCCCAACAAGUAUGAAAGCAUCAUUGCCACUCUGUGUGAGAACCUGGACUCUCUGGACGAGCCUGACGCUCGUGCUGCCAUGAUCUGGAUCGUUGGAGAAUAUGCAGAGAGGAUCGACAACGCUGACGAGUUGCUAGAGAGCUUCCUCGAGGGUUUCCAUGACGAGAGCACUCAGGUCCAGCUCACUCUGCUGACUGCCAUUGUGAAGCUGUUCCUUAAGAAGCCAUCAGAGACCCAGGAGUUGGUCCAGCAGGUCCUCAGUCUGGCUACACAGGACUCUGACAACCCUGACCUGCGUGACAGGGGCUACAUUUAUUGGCGCCUUCUGUCCACCGACCCCGUGACCGCCAAGGAGGUAGUUUUGUCUGAAAAGCCCCUGAUCUCUGAGGAGACAGACCUGAUUGAGCCCACCCUGCUGGAUGAGCUCAUCUGCCACAUCGGCUCUCUGGCCUCCGUCUAUCACAAACCCCCUAGCGCCUUUGUGGAGGGCAGCCAUGGAGUCCACCGGAAACACCUUCCUGUCCAGCACAGCAGCAUUGAUACAGGUGAGAGCCCAGUGAGCAGUGGGCCGGCAGCUGCCAUGGACCAGACACAUGUGAUCCCCAGCCAGGGUGACCUGCUGGGUGACCUGCUCAACCUGGACCUGGGCCCUCCAGUCAAUGUGCCCCAAGUGUCCUCCAUGCAAAUGGGUGCAGUGGACCUGUUGGGAGGAGGCCUGGACAGCUUGCUGGGGGGAGACCUGGGCGGAGGUGUUGGGGGAAGUCCAGCAGUGGGACAGAACUUUAUUCCCUCGUCUGUCCCCAGCACUUUUGCUCCCUCACCUACACCAGCACCGCCGGCCGUCAGCAGCGGUCUCAACGACUUGUUUGAGAUUUCCACAGGCAUGGCCAACACCACCGGAGGCCACAUUGCUGCAAAAUCAGUGUGGCUGCCUGCAGUGAAAGCCAAGGGACUUGAGAUCUCUGGGACCUUCUCUCGCCGCCAGGGCCACAUGUACAUGGACAUGACCUUCACAAACAAGGCCCUGCAGCACAUGACCGACUUCGCUGUCCAGUUCAACAAGAACAGUUUUGGCGUUAUCCCUACCACUCCUCUUGCCGUCCACACUCCUCUGAUGCCCAGUCAGAGUAUUGAGGUCUCUCUGCCUCUUAAUACCAUCGGACCAGUCAUGAAGAUGGACCCACUCAAUAAUCUGCAGGUGGCUGUGAAGAACAACAUAGAUGUCUUCUACUUCAGCGUACUCAUCCCUCUCUACGUUUUCUUUGUCGAGGAUGGAAAAAUGGAGCGACAGGUGUUCCUAGCUACCUGGAAAGACAUCCCCAAUGAGAAUGAGCUCCAAUAUCAGAUAAAGGAGUGUCACCUAAAUGCAGACACAGUGUCGGGGAAGCUGCAGAGUAACAACAUCUACACCAUUGCCAAGAGAAACGUAGAAGGCCAGGACAUGCUGUACCAGUCCCUCAAGCUGACCAAUGGCAUCUGGAUCCUGGCUGAGCUCCGCAUUCAGCCUGGAAACCCCAACUACACGCUGUCGCUCAAGUGUCGGGCACCUGAGGUUUCUCAGUACGUCUACCUGAUGUAUGACUCCGUGCUGAAGAAUUGACCCGCUCCGUCAUUCAGCCACUCUGCUUCCUCCUGACAGUAAACAGCAGUGUUUUAUCAUUUUCUCUUACCUGCAGCUAACUGCCAAAACAAGGGAAUCCAAACAGUUUAUGACGCCGUGCACAUUUGGAAUAUUUUCCUUUGACCAUGCUGUGGUUCUGUAUACUGAACUGAGGUACAUUAUACUGUCGUUUCUCUUAUUUUGGCAGCUGAAAUCAUUGAUGAAUUCUCUUAAAUCAACUCCCCAUUUCCGUUUUUACCUCACAGUGGAUAAUUUGACGACCAUUCCAUCCUUAACUUAGUGUCUUAAUGUUGUGAAGAUUUGACUGAUGGUGAAACUUUCCCGAGUUGAACAAGAAAUCUCCCCUGUUUCCAUGGAGCCAUUGUAUUGAUUUUAUCUUAUAUGCUGCAGCUUCUUUUGCUUUGAUUUAUUUUUGAUACUGGCUUUACUUCAGUUGUACCCACAUAUUAAUAUCAGUGUUGAUUGUUUCCCCUCUUGCCAUUAAUGUGUGAAGGUUUGAGACCAGUAAUAAUAUUUCAGGAAACAUGGCUUAAAAUGACCUAUUACUUAUUUUGAAAUUAACAUUGAGCAGCAUUUGUAUUGCAGUUUCUCCUGUCAUGAAUUCAACACAGCUACUUGUAGUUAAUUAAAUUACUCACAGUUAUUGCAGCAUUUUAAAGGAAACAUUUUAACAUUUGAAUAUUGAAAAAUAUGAAACAUCAAUUGAAUAAUUGAAAAAGCUUUCAGUGGAGUUCUUAAAAGGUGAAAACAGAGAAUUGAAAGUAGGGCUGCACGAUAUAAGAAAAAAAACAACUUUAUGUGAUAACUUUGAAUAUCGCGACUUGCGAUACAUAAACAGUCCCUGACUACGGACACGGAGACCACGGACAACUCCACAGCCGAGAGAAGGCGCACAGCCCGGCCGCAGCGCCACCAAGUCCGGGGCAGACACCCAGGGAGCCAUGCACAGCUCCACUGUGUCACCCACAGUGAUCAUUUGGGAUCUUUUCUUACGUUUCAUACGCACUUUGAUAUCGUGGUGGCGAUACAUUUUCAAUAUAUCGUGCAGCCCUAAUUCAUGCCAGAGAUUACGUACUUAGCCAAGCACUUUACUGCUUCCCACAUGAAUUACUCAAACAAAAGUUUCAAACCGCAUGAAAAAAUAUUUGAUACAUUCAGUAAAGUGAGUGUAUCUGCAGGCUGUAGAACAGACAGACUAAAAAGUAACAUACGGUAAAUUUGUUUGUUUAAAUUCUAGACAAAAUUGCUCGGUUGCUGUUAUUUUCAUCGUAUAUGACUUUGCGUACUAGCUUUGAACCACUACACAAACCACAUCAGCUAAUGAUUAUAUGAUCACACACCAGUGCCACUCCAUUUUAAGAAUAGUUGCACAUUACAUUCAAAUAUAUUUUCUUCCUUGUAAGAGCCCUGUUUACUGCAACCACAUAGUUGUACACGGCUUUAUACACCUAUAUUGUCAUUCCUAUUUAUUGUGCAUCUACCUCUGCGUUAAUGUUGCAGUUGCUUCAGACCUGUUAUGUGCUUUAAAUGUUUUCAUUGUUUCUUUUGAUGCCAGUGUUGUUUUUUUUAAUCUUUCUGUUGUCAAGCCAGUCUAAACCUGUGUCGGCCAAACCAGUCUCACUGGACCAAGCAUUCAUGCAAGUUAAAAUGCCAAGUCAAUGUUCUACUACCCUAGUCUUAGUUAAUUUUCUAAUAUUGGCAGUGUGUGGGCUAUAGAGCCUUAAAGUGCAUACAAACUAAGACCUAGUUGCCCAAGUGCGGUGUAGUCCAGUGAUGGUGUAGUUAAUGUAGCUGAUCAAUUUAAAUGUUUUGGUAUUUCCAUGAAAAUGAAAUAAAGCCUGGCCUCUAUCUAUUCAACAGAAAAGGCUUUUAUUCUGGAAAAUCAGUUGUGUUGGUGACACUAUUUUCAUACAUAAUAAUAUAAAAACAAUAUGUUUAUGUGCCUGCAUGAGCUCACUGUCCAUUUUAUCUUUUUUUUUCAUUUAGGAUGUGGGUUUGCUUCGUUUAAAAUGUCACGUCUCUUUGGGAUCUUGUUUUAUUACAACACCAUUGUCUCUAUAGAACUCCCACAAAUAGAAGUAUAUCCAAAACUGUUUCCAGCAAUACAGAGUGUAUGGAGAGAGUUAUCGUAGAAUCGUAUGAAAUUGAAUAUUCCUCCCAUUCAUUGAUGUAACCCUGUUGUAAAUGGUUAUGGUCACAUUACCACAUCUAAUGUUAAUAAACUGUCAAACUCA